UGGCGGGGGAGCCUGGCAGAGGACUCGGUGAAGGACCUUCUCCGGUUUCCUCGGGAGGCUGUCAGGCGGCGAGGGAGCCGAGCCCCCCGCGCCUCGCUGGCCGCGCCGGCUCCCUCCCCCCGCCCUCCUCCUCCUCCUCCUGCUGCUCCUGCUCCCGCUCCUCCCGCCCGGGUGCGAAGGGCUUUCGCUGCUUUUCCCUUUCCUUCCCCCCCCCUCCCCUCCGCCGAGCGCGGUGCCGGCAGCCGCGGGGAUGGGGCGGCCGCCGCUCCCCCGCCCGCCCGCCCGCUCCCGCCCGCCGCCGCCCGCCCUCCCCGGCCGGCGGGAGGUGGCGGCUCUGCCCGGCCGCCCGCCUCGCCCCCUGCUCUGAAUCGCUGCCCCUCGGCCGAGCUGGGGAGAGGCGGGGAGGGGGUACGUCCCCUCGCACUUCCCCCCCACCUUUCUCUUCCCCCCCUUUUUUGCCCUCCCCCCCCAUCACCCCCUCCCCAGCCCGUUUCUCCUCCGCCGGGGCUCUUCGGCGGCCAUGCGGCCGGUCCCGGGCGGGCGGCUCUAACUCGCCCCCUCGCCCGGAUGGCCCCCCGGAGCCGCGGGCGGAUGGAGCCGAGCUACGUCGUGGGCAUCUGCUGCCUGGUGCUGCUGGAGCCGGGCCGGGUGUGGAGCGGCGAGCGCAGCACCGGGCGGCCCGGCGAGAGCGGGAACGGCAGCCAGGCACCGGCGGCGGAGCCCACGGCCCCCGCGCCCACCGGGGCGGCACCGCCGGCGGGGGACCGCUGCCGCGGUUACUACGACGUGAUGGGGCAGUGGGACCCGCCGUUCAACUGCAACGCCGGCAUCUACCAGUACUGCUGCGGGACCUGCGGGUACCGCUUCUGCUGCCAGUUCAAGCCCGGGCGGCUGGACCAGAGCGGCUGCUCCAACUACGACACCCCCAACUGGGUCAACACGGGCCAGCCGCCCGCCCGGGUGGACGAGACCCCCGAGGACCCCACUCGCGACAAGACCAACAUGAUCGUCUACAUCAUCUGCGGCGUGGUGGCCAUCAUGGUGCUGGUGGGCAUCUUCACCAAGCUGGGCCUGGAGAAGGCGCAGGGUCCCCAGACGGAGAUGACUGUCUCCAGGACACUGACGGACCUGCUGAAGCAGCCGGGCCAUGGCCCCUCUGAGCACAUGGAUGGCCUCAUGGGGGGUGUGCAGGUCCCUGUGGGUGAGGGGCUGGCCCGGGGGCCCCCCAGGAACGGCACAGACAAGCCGCCCCUGAACAACAUGGUGGCCAUCGCCCCCCCGCUGGGGCGGCCCCACAGCCACAGCAAGCGCCUGCCGCUGGCCAGCAGCCUGGCCCUGCCGACCCCUGCCUACACCGCCUACGCCGCCCUCAAGGCUGGAGAACGUGGCCCCGAGGACGCCUGCAGGCGGUUCGGGGGGCCGGAGGUGCCCCCCGCCGGCACCCUGCCCUUCCCGCCCGCCGAGCCCCCCGAGGGCUGCCCCCCGCCCGCCGCCAAGGCCAAGGGCCCCAAGCUGCCGGGGGGCCCGGCCUUCCCGGGGGGCUGGGAGGGGGGCCCCCCCCGCGGCCCCCGCCGGCCCGGCCUGGCCGCCCUGCGCCCUGAGGGGCCGCCCGAGGCCUUCGGCCCUGCCGCCCCGCUGUACGGCCAGCCCGUCCGGCACCUCGCCACCAACAGCAAGACCGAGGUCACCGUCUGACGGCCGGCGCCAUCGGGGGACAGGGGCCGUCCACUCGCCCGAGCGUCGCUGACGGCCUCCCCCCGGAGCAAAGCAUCGAGACGGAUGGCCGUGGCUGGAGACGCGCCGUCCUUCCUCUCCCGGGGAUGGGGGCUGCUGGCUACGCUCCGCCGUCAAGGAGGCACCGUGGGCCAGGCCGUCCCUCUCAUCUGGGCAACAAGUUUCAGCCGUUCUCGGCCCAUCCCGUGGUAGAGGCUGAGCCGGGGGCAUGUCGGCUGAGCAGCACGCUGCUCGGGGGACGGGGGCCGACGCUGGACAGACUACAGCUCCCAGGGAUGGGGGAAACAUCCUGCUGGGGCCAGGCACCCCCACCUAGCUCCCGGGACCAGGUGGGGGAAGAGCAACAGACUCAAAGCACCGUCCGGGCGCUGCCGGCAGAGUCCCAGCAGCCUCUUUCCCUCCCCAGCCUCCCUUUCCCCACUGCCCCGGCCUCCACCUUGUCAAUAAAUAAUACGUUAAACUGUA